AUGGCCGCGCCGGUGCCCGGGGCGGCGCGCGGCGCGGGGCGGGCGGCGGAGCCGGCGGGCGGCGGCCCCCAGGGCGCGGCGCGCUGCCCCCGCCCGGCGCCGCCCGCCGCCCAGCCGCCCGGGGGGGCCCUGCCGCCGCCCGACAGGAGAAAAAAGAAAGAUGCCAAUAUUUUGGAGAUCCCGUCAAUUCCAAAUCCUUUUCCUGAGCUGUGUUGCUCUCCAUUUGCAUCAGUUUUGUCAGCCAGCCUGUUGCCCAAGGCAACUUCAAGAAAAAAACAGAUAAUUAAAGUGUAUAGUGAAGAUGAUACUAGCAGAGCUCUGGAAGUACCAAGUGAUAUAACAGCCAGGGAUGUAUGUCAGCUGUUGAUAUUGAAGAACCACUAUAUUGAUGACCACAGCUGGACUCUGUUUGAACAACUUACUCACACAGGUUUAGGAAGAGCUAUAGAGGACCAUGAAUUAGUGAUGGAAGUCCAGUCAAACUGGGGAAUGGAAGAAGACAACAGACUGUAUUUUAGAAAAUAUUAUGCCAAAUAUGAAUUUUUUAAGAAUCCAGUGAGUUUUUUUCCAGAUCAUAUGAUGUCUUUUUCAAGUGAGACCAAUGCAGCUAUAAGCCACUCUGGGAUACUACAGAUGUUUCUAAACUCCAGCACGUAUCCUGAAAUUCAUGGUUAUUUGCAUGCAAAGGAGCAGGGAAAAAAGUCAUGGAAAAAGCUGUACUUUCUUUUGCGAAGAUCUGGUCUUUAUUUUUCCACUAAAGGUACAUCAAAGGAACCAAGGCAUCUGCAGUUUUUCUGUGAAUUCAGCAAUAGCGAUAUGUACAUGUCUUUGACAGGCAAAAAGAUAUCUGGAGCACCAACAAACUACGGAUUCUGCUUUAAGCCUAACAAAUCAGGAGGAACCAGAGACCUGAAACAGCUUUGUGCAGAUGAUGAGCAAAGUAGGACCUGUUGGAUGACAGCAGUUAGGUUGCUUAAGUAUGGGAUACAGCUGUAUCAGAAUUACAUGCAGCCUUAUCAAGGUAGAAGUGGCUGCAGCCCUCUGAAUAUAACACCUAUGAGAAGCAUUUCAGAAAAUUCCUUAGUAGCAAUGGAUUUCUCAGGACACAGAAGCAGAAUUAUAGAAAAUCCAACAGAAGCCCUUUCAGUUGCAGUUGAAGAAGGAUUAGCAUGGCGGAGGAGAGGGUGUCUACGGCUCAAUUCACACAGUAGUCCUACUGCCAUGUCUAACAUAGCUAUACACAGAUCUCAGUCAUGGUUUCAUCAUAAAAUCUCUAGAGAUGAAGCUCAGAGACUUAUUUUGCAGCAUGGACUUGUAGAUGGGGUAUUCUUGGUACGUGAUAGUCAAAGUAACCCCAAAACAUUUGUAUUGUCAUUGAGUCAUGGAUUAAAAAUAAAGCAUUUUCAAAUUGUACCAUUGGAAGAUGAUGGGAAGCUAUUCUAUACCCUUGAUGAUGGUCAUACCAGAUUUACUGAUCUCAUCCAGCUAGUGGAGUUCUACCAACUUAAUAAAGGAGUACUGCCUUGCAAGUUAAAACACUAUUGUGCGCGAAUUGCUGUUUAACCAAAGCAUCUGUUGUUUCAUCAGAGGGAAAGGAAGAUACUAGAAUACUUUUUCCCAUGCAAGGCAAUUUCUGUAGUAAAAAGGGAAAAAGAAUUACAUUGAAAAGAUUCUAAAUUUCAGCUGCAAAAAGAGUUUAUAUGCUCCAUAGAUUAAGUACUUUGCAUUGUGAUUGUCACUGCAAAAUAACUUUAUGGUUUUAAAAGAAAGAAGCAUUAUUUCAUAUGUAAUUAUUUAGUGUUGUCUUGGACUUCUCUUCUUUUCAACUGAAAACUUUUUUUUAAAUAAUAUUGUGUAACUACAUCUACAAAAAUAAAACCGAAGGGAAGUUCUUUGUUCUUAGCUUUAAAAUGAAUUAGUUGCCUUUUCAAAUGUUUCUCAUAAUUUCUGUUCAUCAGAUGGAAUAACAACUUUUACUUUGGUGAGAAUUAGAAGCUAAACUGUGCAUUUUAUUUGUAAAUAAAAUGAAAAGUAUUUUGCACUAUAUUUUUGAAUGCUACUUUGAGGAUUAUCACAUAUAAAAGUGAAAAUAAUUGAAACUACUUAUAACUGAUUAGCCAUAUUGAGUUGUGCUAUUACUACUGUAGUAUUUUAAAAAGUUUUUUUUCUAAUCUAAUGAAUAGAUCUAUACCUUUAUACAGACCUGGAAUGUCAUUACUUGGCUAUGAUAUGUAUAAACAUGCAUAAUGUAUGAUGUAGUGCAUAACAUGGUUUAAUGUACACCUACACACACACUCCUCUCUCUCUCUCUCUCUCGCGCGCGCUCUCUCUCUCUCUCUCUGACACACACACACACACACACAGACAGAGCUGUUAAAGACUAUUGUUUCAGAGUUGGGGAGAGAGUCAACUUCUAUGCCCCUUAAAAUAAACAAAUAGAGGUGAAUGCAGUGAACUUCACGGUUUGCUUAAAACCUUCUUAGAGUGUAUCUGCAAUCAGUUCUUGGCUUAUUUUCUUAAUUUAAAACAGAAUAACAAGCUUAAACAUAGCUACCAGUCAACAAGUCUUUAAAGAUUAGUGAAGAGCUAACAUUCCAACUAAAGAGAGCUGUUAUGGUAGAGUGAAUUGAAUUUUGGACCAUAGCAUUAGAAAUAGUUUUGGUAUCUGUAUUUUGAAAGAGAGGUGAUACUGUUGCAUCUUUGAACAGAGUCAGGUGGAGUGGGGCUUGGAUGGAAAGAGGUGUUCCUGUGUUAAUGCUUUGCUGGCCAGUAGGUUUGAUCUUGUUGUGAGGGUUCAGGACCUGACCCUGGGGAACUACACGCUGGGUAAAGGCUGUAGCGCAAGGUCAUGCUUGGAGAUGGACCACCUCUCUGAAUCCAGCCCCUCUCCCCCGUGCUUUCUCCUUGGAGUCUCUGGCCACCAGAUGUAUCAGCUGUUCUGCUGCAGGAGUUGUUGGGGAGAAGAGGCAAAGGAGGCCUGGAUGAGGGACAGAGUAGGAGGCAGCAGAGGCACAGCAGAGCCCGUGCGCGGCAGCUUACCAGGCCACAUAGAGCAAGUCACUGCAGCACAGUUGUGGAAUGACGGUAACUGCAGCCUGUACGUUUGGUAUCAUAUGCCUGUGGAAGGCAAUCAUAAUAACAUAAUACUGUGAUACUUAAUUUACUAACUUCAUCCACACAUCACUGACCUUUUCCUCUGGUAUGCAAAUACAGUUUUUAAAGCUCAUUAAAAAAGCAGCUCUUCAUAACAUGUACCAAAGAUGCAACAUAUGUGGUGCCUGAGCUCAUUACAUUAGAAAUGCCUUGUAAAACUCUCCACAGUCUAAUAAAUUUAACUCUUAAACCUUGAAAAUAAUUUCAAAUUUUAAUCACAAAAAAGUAGAUUUAAUUAAAACCUCUCCAGAUCUAGUUAAACAACUUGAUUACUUUUGAGGUCUACUGUUAUUUCAGAGAUUGGUAUAGAAUAAGGAGAAACUUUCUCCUCUGCAUCCAUGUGUUUUUGGUUGUCAACUGACACAUUUAAUGAGUUGUCUAUUGCAUUGUAUUUCUACUUGGGUAUGUUAUAGCUUCACCAUCAUUUCUAUUUGUAUUUAUUUUUUUGCCAGCGCACUUGAUAGAAAAGUUAACUGCUCAGUAAGUGAGUACUUUUUCACCUUUAGACCUAUUGGAAAAAGAAUGAGAAUAUGUGGAUUAUGUCAUAUAGUGGAGAGACAUCAACAGUUUUUGCCUGCUGUUUCAACUGUUUUUCACAAGUGAAACUGGAAAACAAAACAACCAAACCCCAAGCAGUGUUUAAUGAGCAUUUGAAACAGUGUUUAACCGACAAGUAUUCAAAGCAUCCUUACUCUGUAAAAUGUUGCCUUUUUCAUUUUAUCAGGUCUUUUGAUUAAAAAUCUAAACUGAAAUUUUGCUGACAGUACAAAUUUUCCUUUUUUACAACUCUGCAUAACUUUCCUGAACUGUACGGUUGUCCAUGACCAUGCAAUAAAAAGCAAAACCGUAAAAUUAAUAAAUCUAGGUUGAUGUUUAAA